ACAAUGAUACCCUGACAGACUGCACUUAGAACCCAAACCUCCCCCUUAACAAGAGGACAGAUGGGGUGAGGUCUCAAGCUGAGACCCUGUGAGCACAACCCUCAGGGCUGGUGACAGUGGAGAGGGGAAAAUGACAAGCCUGGGGGACCUGACCCCAGGAGAGGAGCGGAACAAAAUGAGUGGGAGGAGGUUCUAAAUUAUCCAUUAGCACAGGCCCGUCAGUGGCCCCAUGCAUAAAUGUGUAGAGAAAAUUGGGGGGAGCGGAAGGGGGGAAAGAAAAAGAGCCAGGGUAUAAAAAGGGCCUGCAAGGGACCAAUUCCAGGAUCCCAGGACCCAGCUCCCCAAACCACUCAGGGUCCUGUGGACAGCUCCCCCCGCUGUGAUGGCUGCAGGUAAGCGCCCCUGAAAUCUCCCUGGGCAUGGUGUGUACUGAGGGGCCAUGUGGGGACCCUAACUCUGGGCUCCAGGGCUUCUGAAUGUGCACAUAGACAUCUACACCCAGUCAUGCUCCACCUUUAAAAUGUUCUCAGUCCUGCGAGGCGGAGAAGGUGAAAGGAAAGGCCCCCGGGGUGGGGAGCAGGAUGGCAGGAGGCCCAGCCCCUGGCCCCGCCCGUCCCUCUCUAGGCUCUGGGACCUCCGCGCUCCUGGCACUGGCCCUGCUCUGCCUGCCGUGGCCUCAGGAGGUGGGCGCCUUCCCGGCCAUGCCCUUGUCCAGCCUGUUUGCCAACGCUGUGCUCCGGGCCCAGCACCUGCACCAACUGGCUGCUGACACCUACAAAGAGUUUGAGCGCGCCUACAUCCCGGAGGGACAGAGAUACUCUAUCCAGAACACCCAGGCCGCCUUCUGCUUCUCGGAGACCAUCCCGGCGCCCACAGGCAAGGACGAGGCCCAGCAGAGAUCCGACAUGGAGCUGCUGCGCUUCUCGCUGCUGCUCAUCCAGUCGUGGCUCGGGCCCGUGCAGUUCCUCAGCCGGGUCUUCACCAACAGCCUGGUGUUCGGCACCUCGGACCGCGUCUACGAGAAGCUGAAGGACCUGGAGGAGGGCAUCCAGGCCCUGAUGCGGGAGCUGGAAGAUGGCAGCCCCCGGACUGGGCAGAUUCUCAAGCAGACCUACGACAAGUUUGACACCAACUUGCGCAGUGACGACGCGCUGCUCAAGAACUACGGGCUGCUCUCCUGCUUCAAGAAAGACCUGCACAAGGCCGAGACAUACCUGCGGGUCAUGAAAUGUCGCCGCUUUGUGGAAAGCAGCUGUGCCUUCUAGCUGCUGGGCAUCUCUGUACCUCUCCCCAGUGCCUUCCCGGACCUGGAAAGUGCCACUCCAGUACCCAUCAUCCUUUCCUAAUAAAAUUAAA